CAUUGUUUCAAACAGUGACAUGAAGAUUUUAUCCCUAUUUUGCAAGUUUUAUGUGUCGUAAACAUAUUUGAAGCAUUCAGAGAUUUCCAAUCUCACAAGGACAAAGGAUUAGUGUUUGAUAGGCUAGCUUUGAGCUUUAGAAAGAGUUCUGACAGCUAGCAGGAGGGAUUUCUGAUUUCUGGUGGGUUUUCUGAAAGAUAGCUAAAACGGGGUCCCUGUGUUGUGUGGCUGCAAGGCCACAUGGAUCUACUGCUGCUAGCAGGGAGUGGUCUGUGGGGCCACAUGAACCUUACUGGCGUACAAACUCAAGUUAUUCACCGCCACCGCCGAGAUGGGACUUCCGUUUCCAAUCUGAAGCACUGUCAUUUGGCUCCCAUGACGGGAUUCAACUGUUUGGGUCUUCAGCAUCCUCAAAUAGUAGAGAAAGUAGGAGCUGGUUGAGAGGCAAUCAUGUGGCCAAUCAUCCAUAUAUGGCAAAUGAUGGUGGUGGCCCGUAUUAUAGUAGUCCCUCUGACAUUUCCCCAGUGCGGCAAUGGACUCCUCCAACAAUACAAGAAAUCAGUGUUGAUGAUUAUAACACUUCGAGAAGAGUCUCAAGGCCCUUAUCCUUUUCCCCUGCUAUGGAAGGCACAUCAGCUGCAAGGGAUAGUGGUGGCUCAACUUCAUCCAGGUCGGACAGUAGUGAUUACGAGUCUGUGGCCAAGACACAUCACUCUCAUCGUAAUUUUUCAAGUCGCCGUUGCUUUAUGUCAAAACCUGUUCACCCAUUGACCCUUCCAUCUGACACACCUAGAAGAGAAGCUACUGACAGCAAUGCUGCUGGGUAUUUGGAAUUUGAUGCUGUUACUCCUCGAAGAGAAAAACAUCGCUUGAGCAGUGCUAGUGGUAGUGUCGAUCUCACUGAUGUUUCUGAGCCAUUUGAAGCUGAUUUUUCAAGUAGAUAUUGUAAUCCAUCAGAUAGUUUCAAAUGUGGAUUGUGUGAGAGGCUUCUUUCACAGAGAUCUCCUUGGAGUUCUCGACGUAUUGUGAGAAGCGGAGACAUGCCUGUUGCUGGGGUUCUUUCAUGCUGCCAUGUAUUCCAUGCUGAAUGCUUGGAGCAAACCACCCCAAAGGCCAACAAAAAUGACCCCCCUUGCCCAAUCUGUGCCAAAGUUGAAGAGGAGAAUUCUCCAGAUCAGCGGGUCUUUUCUAAGUUCUUCCCUAGGCUUAGGCCUUUCUGCGAAGAUGGACCAUCAAGGCCAUGGGGUUGCGCACAGGCAGGAGAUUGUGUUGAAGGUGCUUUGCAUGCACCUUCCCGCAGUACCAUGUUGUCACUUACUCGGAGUCGGAUUAAAAAGAAUCUCUCGUUGAAGGGUAAUGUAGGCAGAGACUUUCCCGGGAAGGCGAGGAAAAGUGGCUCAUUUGCCUCACAGUUAUUUGUUGGUUCAGUUGACCAUGGAGUCGCUUGUUCGUCCGAGACAGUUUCUGGCACAAGUGUGAAGUGAAACCAGAAGAGUGUGUCUGAUGAUUAGGAGGACCAUAUAAAAAUGUAUUUGCAUUUCAGGGAUCAAUCCAUGGCUUUGGGUUGAUUGCAGUCGGUGUGUUGAAUUGGGUAGUUGGGUUGUGUUUCUGUAAUGUUUAGUGGGAUUUGGGGUUCUAAAUUAGGAAAAUUUGACGUAUGUUGUAAUCAUUUAGCCUGGAUCUAAAUCACAAGGAUGUAAAAAUGAAUGAUGGAAAUGCCACGAAAUCGGCCUAAUGAAUUACUAUUAUUGAAAAUUGUUGUUGCCA